AUGGAUCCUUCUGAAAUGAGAUACUUGGAAGAGGAAGAUGGAGCGAUGAUGAAGACAAUCAAAGGUUCUGUGACUGGUUUUGCAGCUGGGACUAUUUACGGAACGGUCAUGGCAACAUGGAAAGACGUCCCUCGUGUCGAAAGAAAUGUUGCUCUUCCAGGACUUAUCAGAACAUUGAAGAUGAUGGGAAGCCACGGGCUGACGUUUGCUGCAAUCGGAGGUGUUUUCAUCGGUGUUGAACAGUUGGUGCAGAACUAUAGAGCUAAGAGGGAUUUUUUCAACGGUGCUAUUGGUGGUUUCGUAGCUGGUGCCUCUGUUCUUGGCUUUAAAGCAAGGAGCAUCCCAACCGCAAUAUCUGCAGGUGCUGCUCUAGCAAUCACCUCUGCUUUGAUCGAUUCUGGUGGCCAGACCACGAGAGUAGACACAGGCAGAGAAUACUAUCCAUACACCGUCGAGAAAAAGAGCUGA